CUCCCGGAAGCCGUGGCAGCUAGUAACAAAGAGCCUGCCCGGCUGUCCGCUGCUCUGGCUACAGGACCCAGAAGUCGUGUGUAGAGCCUGGGGCUGAGCCCGAACCGGGCCAUGAGUCCAGGUUCACCGCUGUGAGGAGCUCGGCCGGCGGCCGAGGCUCUAGUGUGGACCAAGAGGCCGGCGCCUCUCCGCCGCCCGCGGGGAUCCUGGCGCCGGUGCCACUGCUUCGGCCACUCCGCGGGAAAAAUCAGACUCACGACCUUCCUCCGCGGCGCCCGGCUCAGGGCUGUAGGGGACGGCGUCAUCCCCGGUCGCCGAGCCCCAGGUUUCUCUGCGGGACUCAGAGGACCUGGUUCUUUCCCGAGGUGCCCUGGAAGCUUUGUGUGAAGAAGCUGGGAAGCCCGACUGGAGUAGUUUAUUUUUUGUUUUUAAUAAAGUUUUUCUGAGUUUCCGUUUUUAGAAAUUUUUGCGGAGUUUGCAAUCCUCUCUACCUCUUCGCAUCCUUUUCUUGCUUGUGGAGUCCUUUUCCUCCUCAGCUAUAAACAUUUUAACUAUCAGCAGAACAGACCAAGGAUGAACGUUUUGUAAUUGAAAGUGUAACUCUUAAAACCACCUCGAGAUAGUCAAGAUGGACAAAAAGUCCUUUGAAACGGUGCUGGAUGAAAUUAGAAAGGCUGUUUUGACGGAGUACAAAUUAAAAGCAAUUGAGUAUGUGCACGGAUACUUCUCUAGUGAACAGGUGGUUGAUUUAUUGAGAUAUUUUUCCUGGGCUGAGCCUCAGUUGAAGGCAAUGAAGGCAUUACAGCAUAAAAUGGUGGCUGUUCACCCAGCAGAAGUGGUCAACAUACUCAACUGUUUUACCUUCAGUAAAGACAAACUUGUUGCUCUUGAACUGUUAGCCUCAAAUAUUGUUGACGCACAGAAUUCUCGUCCUAUUGAAGAUUUAUUCAGGAUAAACAUGUCAGAGAAGAAACGAUGCAAGAGGGUACUGGAGCAGGCUUUCAAAGGGGGCUGCAAAGCACCUCAUGCCAUGAUCUCUUCUUGCGGAACAAUCCCAGGAAAUCCGUAUCCCAAAGGAAAACCUAGCCGCAUCAUUGGAGUUUUCCCAGGAACUCCUUUGAAAAAAGAUGGUGAAGAAUGUACCAAUGAAGGCAAAGGAAUAGCUGCACGGAUUCUUGGACCAUCAAAACCACCUCCUUCAACAUAUAAUCCACAUAAACCUGUUCCUUAUCCAAUACCUCCUUGCCGGCCACAUGCAACUAUUGCACCAAGUGCUUAUAACAAUGCAGGUCUGGUACCAUUAGCCAAUGUCAUAGCUCCAGGUGUACCUCCUCCGCCUCCAUAUACUCCUAACCCAGUAGGAACAGAAAACGAAGACCUAUCCAAUCAGUCAAAACCUACACAGAAUCAAACCUUUUCCACCCCAGCAAGUCAACUUUUUUCUCCUCAUGGUUCUACUCCUUCAACACCUGCUGCAACUCCGGUCCCGACUGCAUCCCCUGUCAAGGCAGUAAAUCAUCCAUCAGCAUCUCCGGCCGCCACUGUUCCUGGAAUGAACCUGCCCAGUACGGUCCUUCCUGUGUUCCCAGGGCAGGUGUCCUCGGCUGUUCACACACCUCAGCCAUCGACGCCAAACCCAACAGUUAUCAGAACCUUGUCGCUGCCUACUGCACCUGUCACUUCUGUCCACAGUACAACAUCUGCUCCUGUUCCUUCCAUUUUCUCUGGCCUAGUGCCACUGCCAGGUCCUUCUGCCACUCCCUCCCCGGCCCCUCAGGCCACGUCUACACCUCGGGCCACUCUUGCUUCCAGUGAAACAUUUGCUUCUACUUCUGCGCCUUUCACUAGCCUCCCCUUUUCUGUCAACUCUACUGCUGCUUCUGCCAACAACCCAAAUUCUACACCACUGUCAUCUGUUUUUGCAGGUCUGCCUUUGCCCUUGACACCAGCAUCCCAGGGUCUGUCCAACCCAACUCCUUCUGUAAUUGCUGGUGGUUCUGCUCCUGGUGUUGCUGGUUCCCUCAGUGUUAACAGUCCUCUUCUGUCUGCUCUGAAAGGCUUCCUGACAUCAAAUGACACCAGUUUAAUCACCUCCUCUGCUUUAUCCUCUGCUGUUACAAGUGGGCUGGCUUCACUGUCAUCUCUUACUAAUCAGAGCUCCGAUUCUCUUGGUUCAGCCUCUAACAAGUGCUAUGCCCCAUCUGCCAUUCCCGCCCCACAGAGGUCUUCCACACCAGCACUGGCCAUGUUCCCAGGCCUGCCGUCUCCUGUGGCCAGCACAACUUCCACUCCCCCUACUCUGCCUGUGCAAUCUCCUUUAGCUACGCCUACAUCUUCCUCAGCGUCAGUGCCAGUUAGCUGUGGCUCCUCGGUGAACCUUUUGCACGGGCCCCCUGCAGGAACCACUGACCUGCAUGUUUCAUCUAGCCCUGCUGUCACAACUCUUCCUGUUAUGAUCAAAACCGAGCCCACUAGUCCCACUCCCUCGGCCUUCAAAGGCCCAUCUCAUUCCGUAACUCCCUCUCAUGGCACUUUAGGUUUGCCAGGGACAUUGAGUCGUGCAUACACGUCGACAUCAGUGCCCAUCAGCUUAUCGACUUGCCUUAAUCCUGCAUUAUCAGGUCUCUCCAAUUUGAGUACUCCCUUAAAUGGUUCAAACCCCCUUUCCUCCAUUUCCCUGGCUCCACAUGGGUCUUCCACUCCUAUCCCUCCAGUAUUCACUGCUCUGCCUCCUUUUACUUCUUUGACCAAUAAUUUUCCUUUAGCUGGCAACCCAUCUCUUAAUCCAUCAGUAUCUCUUCCAGGGUCCUUAAUAGCCACCUCAUCCGCCUCUGUCCCCUCCACGUCUGUCCCUCAUUCUAGCUCCACGGCAGCUGUUCUCUCAGGGCUUUCUGCCUCGGCGCCAGUCUCGGCGACACCGUUCCCCCUCAGCCUGUCUACCGCUGUCCCGUCCCUGUUUUCAGUUACCCAAGGACCUUUACCAGCUUCGAAUCCCUCCUAUCCUGGCUUUUCUGCCUCUAAUGCCCCAAGUGUCACCCCCGCUCUCCCUUCCUUCCCGGGGCUGCAGGCGCCCUCAACAGUCGCAGCUGUCACACCACUACCUGUGGCCGCCACUGCCCCAUCACCAGCUCCUGUCCUCCCAGGAUUCGCUUCGGCAUUUAGUUCCAAUUUCAACUCUGCUCUCGUUGCACAAGCUGGUUUAUCGUCUGGACUUCAAGCUGCAGGCAGUUCUGUUUUUUCAGGCCUUUUGUCCCUCCCAGGUAUCCCUGGGUUUUCUCAGAAUCCUUCUCAGUCAUCUUUGCAAGAGUUACAGCAUAAUGCAGCUGCACAGUCAGCUCUGUUACAGCAGGUCCAUUCAGCUGCAGCUCUGGAAAGCUAUCCGGCUCAACCUGAUGGAUUUCCUAGUUAUCCUUCAACACCAGGAACACCAUUUUCUUUGCAACCAGGCCUGUCCCAAAGUGGGUGGCAGUGAAUACAUUUUGAUUUGUAUUGUCCUCCGGAGCAACAUCGGAUUGCAUAAGAACUGCAGUGAACAAUCUGAUGACUGUGAAGUUGGCCAAAAACUUGAAAAUGAGAAUGAGGAUAAUCUUGGGGAAAUGAUGACAGGAGUUUGAAAAUCCUGGUUUCAUUUUUUAAACAGUUUUAAGUAUGAACUCUCCCUUAUGUAAGUAAGCUGAUAAUAAAUUGUAUGCAGAUAGUAUUUAAAAAGUGUUCGGGGACUUUUCACCUUCCAUUCUAUGAAAUUUUGAAUUGUGUAGGUGACCUAUGUAGAAAGAUAUUAAAGAGGAGAUCGAACUCUUUAUAGCCGAAUACAGCCUUAAAUCUGCUUGUACAGCAUCCACUGACAGAAGUAAUAGUCGUGCCUCAGACUCAUGGGUUGCAUGUGGCCCUGGGGGAGUCACCACCUUUGGUAUGCAUGAGUGGUUCCUGUUAGCAUCAGCUGGACCUCAGUACUCCAUAUGUAUCCACAGAAGGGAACUUGACACUCACAGUUAUUUUUUAAUUUCUGAUAUUAAUGAUCAUACCUACUGCUGAAUUUAACUCAAUGUAUUUCAGGUAAGUGAAAAUGGUGCUUAAUGUAGUCUUUAGAAUGACUUUCAGGUGUUUUCAACAAAAUAUCCAGAACUACUUUCUUACAGAAAUAAUACGUAAGGCUUAUAAUAAUUGGCCUUCAAGACAUUUUUCCUAAUCUCAGCAGUAUCCAAAUUAGCAAGGAACCCUUAACCGACUCUUGGGCCGCCGCUAUUACUCAUUGUACUCUGGAAGCUCUUGGUGAAUGUUUACAAUCAUGGGAUGUAGUAUUUCUAUUUGUACUUAAAGUCAAAUGCUUAUCUGAAAUAAUUAUGUGACAACAAAUAGAGAAGACUUGCUCUGUUAGUAAAUAUGCAGUGUGUACUCUAUUUAAGGGUCUGUGGUAGUGUAACAUGACCGAAUGUUAUUAAUUGAAGAAGAACUGCCACACUGGGCGGGGGCGGGGGAGUAGGGAGAAUGAAUCCCAAUCCUGUGAUUAAAAGUGUAAACUAUAGAAUCUACUGUAGUACAUUUCAGCAUCUAGAAGUUUUACUUUUAUAAAGAUGGUGUCUGGAAGAUGUUGCUAAUGUAUUUUCCUUCAACUUGGGGAACAAACUUUUUAAGUAUAUUAAUAAAUAUUCCUGUAUGGUUA